GAUCAAGUGAACGAGAACCUGAAGUCAAACUCUGAGGAAGAAAAGUCGGAGGAGAAGGAAGACCUUGGGGACGACAGUUCUGAAGAGUCAGGCUUUGACUUGAAGAACAAGGCCAAGAAGAAGGCUCCCACGAAGAGGUUUCGAGGAAAGCAAGCAGAAACUGAGGCACCAGCAGCAAAGGCAACCCGCAAAGCUGAGAAGGAGAAGGAGAAGGAAAAGGAAAAGACUGAAACCGAGGCAUCCGCCGCCCCAUCCAGCAAGAGCAGUGGCAGUGGCAAGGUGAACCCAGAGAAGGUCAUGGCCGGAGCCAAGCAGAGCUUGGCCGCCCUUCAGCAGGUGAGUCCAAUGAUGCUUUGGGGCAAUCGCCAGAAAGUCAAGGAGACAGACUCGAAGGUGGUCAAGGCCAUGGACCUAGUGACUAAACUUGAAGGGAUUAAGUCAGAAGAGGCGGCCAAGUUGAUGGAGGAGAUUUCUUCUAUGGCAGACCGCAUGUCCAAGUGGGUGGAGAUUGUCAAUCAGAUCAGCAUCGUGAACAAUGAGUCUCCACAGGAGGUUGUCGAGAAGUUGACUGCCCAGAGCAACGCGCUGGCUUCUGCCCUCCAGACCCAAUCAGCGGACUGUAUGAGGCAAGCUCUGGUGGACAUCGGCAAAAUGCUCCUGGAGGCUUUCGUUUCUAUGCUAGCCGUUGAUCCGGGGGUCACAGCGGAGCACCGAGGGAGCUUCUUUGAGUAUAUUUCCAUCAGGAAGGAAGCCAAAGAGAGGGCCAUGUUUACGCUUGCCAAGAUGAUGGAACAUUCGAAGCUUGGCACUGAGGGCAUGAUCGCCAUCCAGUGCUCGUUGUUCAGCGCAUGGGUGGACAAAUUGAGAACCAUUAACACAGAGACUACGGUGGCCGUCCUCAACUCAAUCCCUGAUUUUUGCAAUUGCCCGGAUGUGCUCAG